UGAUAUGACAAAGUGACGUCACGCUGUAUUAUUAGAGGAAAGAAAGAACAGAAAGUGUAUGUCAAUAUUGUGUGUUAAAUCACCUACACAUGACAGCGUUUGGUAUCUCAGAACUGUUGUUAAUGGUAGCUUGAUUUCUGCUACAUCGUUUUGGUUAUAUUUCAGUUAACUUUUCGUUUGACAUCAUGAACAGCCUGUCGUUCAGCGAGUUGUGUUGCUUGUUCUGUUGUCCGCCAUGUCCAUCAAGAAUAGCAGCAAAACUGGCCUUUCUUCCUCCAGAACCAACAUAUUCACUGAUAUCCGAUGAAACAGGUUCGAAAUACAGCCUCCAUCUAACUGACAGGGCCGAAUGGCAGUACACCCAGCGAGAACUAGACUGUAUUGAAGUGUUUAUGACAAGGACUUCUAGGGGAAACAGGAUACCAUGCAUGUUUGCAAGGUGUUCCCCAAAUGCUAAAUACACUCUUCUCUUCAGUCACGGCAAUGCAGUAGAUUUGGGCCAAAUGAGCAGCUUCUACAUAGGACUAGGAUCCAGAAUCAACUGCAACAUUUUCAGCUAUGACUAUUCAGGCUAUGGUGCCAGCUCGGGUAAACCAUCAGAGAAAAAUCUCUAUGCAGACAUUGAUGCUGCUUGGCAAGCUCUGCGAACAAGAUAUGGUAUAAGUCCACAGAAUGUAGUUUUGUAUGGACAGAGUAUCGGCACAGUGCCUACUGUAGAUCUUGCGUCCAGAUAUGAAGUUGGUGCAGCUAUUCUCCAUUCUCCACUGAUGUCCGGCAUGAGAGUGGCAUUCCCAGAUACAAAGAGGACAUGGUUCUUCGAUGCUUUCCCUAGUAUCGACAAAGUACCAAAGAUAACCUCUCCAGUUCUAGUGAUACACGGGACAGAGGACGAGGUGAUAGACUUUUCCCAUGGACUAGCUAUACAUGAGCGUUGUCCACGCGCUGUGGAACCACUAUGGGUAGAGGGAGCUGGGCACAACGAUGUCGAACUCUAUGGACAAUAUUUAGACCGACUUAAACAAUUCAUAAAUGUUGAAUUGGCAGUCAAUUGACCCGCGGAGAACUUAACGCAGCCAGUUCAGGAAGAGUUGAUAUAAUCACUACCUGAUAUCAUUUGGAUCUGUGUUGUGGAUUGUCUACACCGGUACCUGGACAGCAAUGGGAAUAGCCAUAUCAAGAAUUCAUUACACAAAUUGAUUUGUUGUUGUUGUUGUCAUAACUUUAAAUUGUUUGUUCCUACAAUGUGUAAUAAUGUAUUUCCACCAAACUGUAACACCUCAAGUUUUUUUUUUUUUUUUUUUUUUCUUAUCAGUAGUUUAUUUUUCAUUUAGAUUUUUUGUGUUCAUAUAUGUAAGUAGGUUUUCAUGAAGUGAUAAUGAUUGAGCAUGCUGGAGGGACUCAAACAUCUGUACCAGUAUGCAUACAAAUAUACAUUAUCCUUUUUUGUCAUUGUGUGAUUGGAAGAAUGCUAUCUAAAUAAUGGAGUCUCAUCUAUCUCAUUUAUCUUCUAAUUUUUACAGACAAACAUAAAAUUUGAAUGUUUCCAUUUUAAUGUUUGUGUUGGUACAUUUUUACAGCAGCAUCAAAUUCAGUUAAUAUUUUCGAAAUUUUUAGCUAUUCAUCCUUUCCUUUAAAAACUUGAUAUGCUCUAUUUAAUCUUUUGCUGUUUGUAUGUUACAAUUGUUUAUCUGGAUUUUUUUUUUAUUAUUUAAAGAAAAGAAAAUGACUGACUGCUUCAAUGUCACAUUUUUUUUAAGUGUAAAACAAUUCAGUAAUACCAUUGUUUGUCCAAACUACAAUUUGUAUGUAAAUUUAACAGGUAAAGGAAUCUCUAUUACCAUUAUGAUAAUCAAGAUUGCUAAAAUCACUACUGAAGUGGAAACAUCAGUCCAGCAUUGACAUAUGCUAAGGUCAAGGUUGUUGACUUUGAUAUGGUUGUUUGCAUUGACAAUUAUCACUGAAGACUUAUACAUAAGGGAACAUAACACGCGUCAUUACGCUGCUAUUUAUGGUGAGCGUAUGUGAAGUAGCCUAUCAAUAUCUACUAAAUUAUGAUACCACAAUACAGCAAUGUCACAUGUUUAACCGGUCAUAUAGGUAACAUCAACUUUAGAGCAGCUCUAGAUCUAGACAUUGAAAUAUUUAUGUAUUAGAUGGAAAUGACAUUUCCCUGAUUCAUUAUUACUCUGGCAUGUAGGUCACUUAGGUCAUGACUUGACCUAGUUAUACAUGUAUUAAUGCUGAUACUAGGGAAGCAUUACACUAAUGUAUGUUAAUUUGUGGUUACAUGUAUAUGAUGAAUAUUAAUCUUUGUACAAUUUUAUUUUGACAUCAUUCUUCAAAUAUUAAGCUUGUCACAAUCAGAUAAAAAAAAACCUUGUUUCAUUGUUUGUGUAUCACAAUGUACAUGUAUGCUUCUUCAAACGUGAUAUUGCUUGUUUUUGUUAUAAAUUUGAUGUAAACUUCUGUCUAAGAUUUUUUUUAAUCUGUUACACUAUCUACAUGACUGUAUAUAAUAAGUACAUGUAUAUAUGCCAGUCUGACACUGACGAGAAAUCAAGGUUAGGUAUGGUGUCUGGAGCACCUAGCUACUGUACAUAUAUUUAUGUUUUGAUGUAUUCAUCUGAGAUUGGAAAAAAUACUUCGAAGAGGAAAGAUUUUUAUCAGCAUAAAAUGACAAAAUAUUUAUUGGUGUUAUAGAAGGUGUUGUGUAAUGAUAGAUAUGCUGAAGUUAAACAAUUGAAUCAUCACUGUUCUCUUGUAGUUGGCUCUCCAUUCUCUUCAUCUUUCAAUUAUGUUUUGUAAUUUUAAACUUAUUUUGUAAGACUCUAUAAGAUUGAUUGCAGUGAAGUUUUUUUUUUCUUUGCAACUACAGAGAAAUAUUCACCAGAACAUUUCCGCCAUUUUUGUAAUGUUUCUGUUUUAAUUUGACGACCAAUAUAAUUCACAACUGCAAUAUGUAGCAUUUCUCAUCGCUUAAACUUGUUAUGCUUAUUUGGUAAACUUCUAUGAAAAUACAAAGUAAUUUACUGAAAAUAAUUGGUUAAUACGUGUAAUUCCUCUAUCAAUAUAUAGCAUAUAUAUUGAGUUUUGGUACAGAGGAUAUUCAACUAAUGAUAGAUCAUUGUUUUUAUUGAUAUGCUAUACAAUUCUAGGGAGUUAAAGGGAUAUUUCACACAAGCUAGGAUUUCAUAUGAUGCUUUUAUAAAACAGACAAAAAACAUUAACUAAUGUUUUGUUAGAAAUCAUAUUAUUCAGUAAUAGAUCUAGCUAUAAAGAUUAAUUUCAAUUUUCAAACGUUUGCGUGACCCUGAUUAUGUCACAACAGGUUUGUGUUUCAUUAGCAACACAGUGUGAUAUGUUUGUGUUUAAAGUUGGCAACAAAUAAGAUAGCCUUCAAUGAAGCGUCUAUGAUUCAAUAUUCCCACUAAUCUCACUUGUUCAUCAUGAAAGAUAUUUUGAUGCUAGAGUUUUUUUAAGGUUAGGAUCGAAACACAUAGAAAUUAUCAAUUUUGUGCAGUAGAAUAUCCCUUUAAAUAUAAAAAUAUAAUAAAGUAUAAAUACAAACUGCAUUGAGAACCUGUGUUUUAUGAUUUAAUCUUACUUGUAACAAGCACUUUCAUUGGCUUAAAAUUGUAUGUUAUCAGCACAAAAUGUAUGAAAUAACAAUGUCUGUAAUGUUGCAUUUGAGUGGCAGAACAAUUUCUAAGUCCAUCAAUAAAAUUGGAUUUUUACAGGGAUCAAUUGUGACAUUAAAUUUACUUAUAAGUUAAUAAGGAUUAACUUAGAUAUAUGUUUUAUGGAGCUAUAACAAAAAAAUGGAGUUUACUCCCAUCAUAAAUCACUUCAGUGUAUGGUACACUUCAUUUUUUGUUGUAUCUCCACAACAUCAAAAAUAUAUUCAAAUAAAUCCCCAAAUAAUUAACUCAUGGCAUCAGAAUAAUAUUAGAAUCAACUCAAAAUAGUUGAAAAUUCAGGUUUAUCCCAUAAACCUUAUAUUGGAUAAAUAUCUUCUCUACUAAUGCUAUUGUUUGACUGGAGAUAAUAAAACCCUGUGUUGUAUUGAAACCUUGUAUAUGUGACAUCACAUUCAAUUAACAGUUAAAUGUUUAGAACUACAAUAGUUGUAAGUGAUCACUAAUCUAGACAGUGAUACUUAUAACUACACCAGAUUGUGACAUCAUAUAAUUUUUAUUAUAUAUAGUGCUUUGAAUUGCAGUGCAAUAGUUAUAUAUUAUAUAUAUUAUACAAAAUGUUUACCAACAAGGAAGCUGUAUAAUUUGUUGAAGUGUUGAUAAUAUUAUCAGUAAGUACACACACACAGGACAAUGUCUAUACAUUAUUCUAUUUUUUGUACCAGCAGGUUGAUCCUGAUUGUUGUCUUUUCUCAUUUAGACCUUUCCCCACCUGUGUGGAAUGGGACCUUUUGUUUUGCCACAUUUUCAGAAUAAAAUAAAUAUGACUGCAAAAUUUUGGAAGUUUAGCUUUGAUAUGAAAUAAACUGAAUAUUGACAGGCCCUUUAUCAGCACCUAAAAGGCUCACUCAAAUCCUUGAAAUAAAAUCUGUAGGCAUUAGGAACAAUUCUACAUCACAUAUACCUAAAUCACCUGUGACUAUAAGUGUAGUUUUUGAUCUUCUUGACUGGAGAGCAACAUGUGUAGCACAGGGACUUGUCACAAAUUCCUUAUCCCACAAUAUGUAUAUAUUUAAUAUGCAACAUAAAAGAUGAUUAGGUUCUGGAAGAAGUGACCAGUCCCUGUGGUAUGUUAUACAUAUGUUUACAACUAGUAUUGAUGACCUGAACCUCCCAGAGUUUUAAUUACACAAACUUUAGAGAUUUUUGAGAAAUCUUGUUGACUCGGAAUUGUUUUGGUUGCUCCGUCCAUGUUUUACGUUCCCUCUAUAUACACUAAACUUAUUUCUAUAUGUUUGUUUACGCAUUUAAUAUACAUAAUUGUACUAGCACUGAUACCUACUAGCAUAUAUUGGGGCCCCUCGUCAUGUAGGUGCUAUGUAGUAAUAGGUUCUCUGUCAGUAUGUCUGUCUUUCUGUCUGUCUGGUUUUUUAGGUAUAGGGAAUGUCUGUAAAAAUUCUAUAAAAAGAAAGGAUCCUAACACCUAGUUCUACACCUGACUUAGUUUUGAUGGUCAUUGGUCAAGGUUAAAUGGUCAAAGGUCACAAUUGAUCUUGUCUGAAAUAACAUGCUCAUGUACAAUAUAUCUCAUAAACCCCUCACCUGAUUGAGUGUCUAUUUACACUAUAUAUUAUCAUCAUAACACCAAGGUAUUGAUUAGGUAUUGUGGUAAAACAACCAUAAUUUAUCAAUAUGGUUCAUCAGUUAUAUAUUUAAUUGGACCAUAUAAAAAAUAAGCUGUUAUCGAUGUAAUAUUCUGGUUUAGAGUUCGAUCAUUCUGACGUAUCAGUACUCUAGGUAAGAAUGAUUAUUUGGAUCAGGAAACAAAAAAUUGCACAAGAAUAUGUUGCAGUGCAUAUAUAUAUAUUGCUCAAUUGAUAAUCUAUUGAUGCGUUUCCCCAUUAGGAGUUGCUGCCUAUUGUAUUGCUGAAACACACAGUAUCUGCAGUUAGUGGUUAUAGAUCAACAUAAAAUGACAUCAGAAAUCAGACUUUCCCUCAUGUCAAGGACGAAUUUUAACAUUUCUUGUUUUGCUGCAUUUGUGAAUGUAAAGUUGUGAAUGAAGUCAUUGAUCUGCUUGUCGAUAUUUCAUUAGAAUUAUUAGCCAUGUUGAUGCAGUGUUAAAUGACACUGUAUAUAUUUAGUUAUCAGAUGGAUUGUGAUGAAUCUCUCUUUUGUAUGUAUGUAAUAGGGUAGUCACAGAUAUCUUGAAGUGUAAUCAAAAAAUUUUCAUCAAAUUUUCUGACUUUUAUAUUAGCUUGGUAUGCUUGAUUUGAUUGCAGUAUUUUGUAAGAGUUGCUUCCCCUGGUACAGUUUUUCCUACAAUAACUAGACCAAACCAGGUAUUAUAAACUCCAUUCAAAUCUCUUGUGGUUCUUUCGUUACAGCAUUUUAUUCUGCUUCUGGGAUAUUUACAUGAAAGUGAGAUGAUGAGCAAGUUCUCUGAGCUGUUCAUAAACAAAGCUUUAAUCAAUAUUUAUAUAAAUAUUUCAUUAUAUCUGCACGCUAACCUCACCAUUCACAGUUGUAGAAAAUCAUAUGAAAUCAUUUUGUUUACUUUUUCACUGUUUUCUUAUAAAUCAUAUAUCAUUUCACUGUAUGCAUGGUUGGGAUUUGUUACCGUAAUGUUGUUCAGACUCUGGUUGUUACAUUACAUAGAUACUGCUGUUAGGUUCUGUCCUAUCGGAAACUUACCCGCUGUUUGUAGAGAUGGGGGGUAACAUGGCUGUCACUUCACUCCGGUCUCCUAUACAACACAAACAGUCUACCUGUUUCACGGUACAUUGUUACUUACUGUUUCAACUUGGUGGCCACCUGUAUUGUUAUUUAGAUAAACAUCUUGAAUUUAAGAUUUAUUCUUGUGUAAUAUUUUGUUUUAAUCAUUUCAGUAAGAUUUUUGUAGAGGUAGUGGGGAAUGUUUGUAGUGAUUCUCUGUGUGGGUAUGUUCUUCUACACAUCCCUAGUCAUAUAUAUUAACUGUUCAUCCUAAAACAGGACAGUCACUCGAGAACUGCAGUAUUAAUUUUUCGGCAUUGCCAGAUUAUGCUCCUUAAUAUAAUUAUAUCAAGGGGUUAAUGUUAAUUAAAAAGGGGUUGUUUUCAAGGGUGAAUAAAUUAGUAUGCAUACGUAACAUUUGAAAACUUGGUAGCUGAAUGUAUUUCUUGUUGGUAUCCAGUGUUGGACGGAAUGACUGUAGGGAGCUUUGCAAUGUAAAUAUCUGCAGUCUCGUGUGCUUGUCACUUGUUUAAUAUACACAACCCUAUAGCCAGCAUUGUUUGAACUUGUUUGGUAGGCCAUUUAUGCUACAAAGGGAGGUAACUUCACAUCACCAUGUAUUUGUACUGCUUAGACAAGUCUCCGUUGUUAAACCUGUAUUUCUGCCAACAUGAUUGCUAGCUGUUCUCAAAAAUCUGCAUAUACAAUUUGUAAAUGUUCAUGACUUGACAACAUAGCCAUGUUUGAAAUUUCUUUGACCUUAGAUUCUAUUGGAAAAGAAAAAGUGUUUUUCUCUGUUAAAUUUUUCACACCUCUGCAAUAUUAAUAGAAUAUACUCGAUCACUGACUUUCUCAAACAUUAUUUCAGAUAAAAAACAUCACCCCUGUGGAGAUUAAUUUGCCAUUUGCUGGACACGAUUUGAUGUACAACCAGUCACAACUAUUUUGUACUGUAGAAUGAGUGUGUGUUGGUGUUAAAAUGUUUGUGUUCACUCUGUAAAUAAACAAAACUGUAACUAUGUACAGAUGUAUACCUGGGAUCAUUAUGAUGAGAAUUGUACACAGGUGUAUCGCUACACAGGUGUGUCCCUACACAGGUGUGUCGCUACACAUGUGUGUCCCUACACAGGUGUGUCGCUACACAGGUGUGUCCCUACACAGGUGUGUCCUUACACAGGUGUGUCGCUACACAGGUGUGUCACCACACAUGUGUGAAGGGUUAUAGAACAAGUGUAGUAGUACCUGGUUAGUAUAACACCAACAUCAUCCUGCUUAUCAUUUAGGUACACAUGAACUGGUUCACCUUGUGAUGGGGGUUAAGUGCCUAAUUACUAGGCUCUCUGUUUACCAUGUCAUUCUACUGUUUUAAAACAACCUAGUUUUUAUCAGUUUUGGCCAAAUGAUACUUAUUUCGGGUCUGAAAAUAGUGUGGAGUCUUGUUAGUAUAGUACAGAUUUGCUCAAAUAUUUCACAUAAACUGUUUUGCUUCAGAUUUCCUCAACUAGGGAAUAGAAUUAUAUUCAUAAUUGUGAUUGACCUUCUCAAAAAUUUGUAUUCAUAUUCAGGAAUUAACCACUGGUAUAACAUUGAUAAUGGGAGUCGGUGUCCAGACUAGUAAGGUUCCACUGUUCGCUGAAAUACAAUGUCCAAACAAAAAGAUACAAGGUGACCAUCAAUAUAUCAUGUUUUACUGUGAGGACGCCACUGUUUAUGAACCUAGGCAUACUUUUUUUUCACUGAUGUUAAAACUGUCCAAUCCAGUUCUCAAUGUAAAGGGGUCAUACAUUUGUCAGUUUAGACUGAAGGUCAUAAUACUCAGGUUGUCAUGAGAAGAGGAGUAAAUGAUGUCACUAAACUCAGGUGUUUUGUUGGAACAGGUUUGGUUCUAGAGACAACUGUUGGUAAAUUGUGGAUUAAAAAAAAGCUAUAGGCCAACCCUGUAUCAUCUGCAAGUUUGGAUUCAAGAUACAAAUUUGGUUUGUUUUAUUCUUAUUUUAUUCAUACGUUUUCUGAAGAUAAAAUAAGAAUGAUUUAUUUAUCAUAACAGUGUUAAUAUUUUUCAAACAAAUAAAAAUUGUAGUGAAAAACCAA